AUGGCUGCACAGGGCUGGACAGGGCUGAAGUUCUUGCGUUGUGAAAUGAGAGCUAUAACAUGCACUCUGCUCAUCCUGAGCCUGCUGUGUGACAGUGUGAACACUGAAGUCACUAUCAACAGCCUACGAGCGGCCGCAGAGACCAAAAAACAGCAGCUGAUUCCAAGAUUGAUAAGACUCUUUUCGUUUCAUUCCUCCACAUCUGCAGAAGCGUGGGAGGGGGAGCUGCCGUGUGGCAAGUGGGACUGUGAGUGUGCAGUCAAGCACCUGCGAGGUUGCUGCUGUGCUGCCCGUGAGCUGCAAGAAGUGGAGGAUCAAAUCUUUGUUAGAGUGAUGGACCUGUUGACGAGGGUGUCUCAACUAGGUCACAGCCUUAUUGAUGUCAUAGGGAGGAUGAGGGUUGCAUUCACAGCCUCCCUAAACGCUAGAACAAACUGCUUUGGACCGUUCACCAGAAAUAGCCCAAUCCCUUAUGAUGUUGUCACCCUCAACCAUGGACAUGGAUAUAAUCCCACCCUGGGUAUAUUUACGGCUCCUUGUUCCGGACUGUACUCCUUCUCCUUCUCGGUCUAUUCCAAGGUGGGCCGGGAAGGCGAGAGGAUUUACCACAAGGUAAAUCUCAUGAGAAACGGUGUGGUGGAGGCAUCCACUUGGGAGGACAACAGAGAAGACUCAGAAGACAGCAGCUCUCAGACAGUACUGCUGCAACUGCAACAGGGAGGCCAGGUCUACAUAGAGCUGCUGAGCGGCAGGAAGCUAUGUGGGAAUGUCAUGGGCCUAAACACCUUCUCUGGCUCCUUGGUCUACCCCAUGCUGGCCUAACACUGAUAUAUUUUACUGUGAUCCCACAUGGCCCCCUAAUCUGAAGCUUAAAUGCUUUCCCCAUUUUGUUUGUUGAAAAUGUAAAGCUGUAAUUAUCACAUGCUAAUGCCUUAUUUGUAAAUGCACUGAGUGGGCUUUUUAAAGAACUUUAAUAAAAAUAUAA